CCUUCAUUGACCUGAUCUCGUCUGUUUCGCGCUACAGACACACAAUCCACUGCUGUGUACAGUAGAAGCAACCCAGCCCCACUCGUUACCCCUCUCGCAACGUCUGAGGUCAGCUUCAAGCCGUACAUAAUGGCCUUCUUCUACCGUCGAGCCUCCUCCCCCGUACCGCCCCUAUCCCCGACCUCUUCAUCCCCAUCCUCCGCUGCCUCUUCCAGCUCUCUCGACGAGCCACCUCCGCACCGACGUCCAAACCGACCCUCUGACCAUACAAAACGCCGUGCUGUGUCACCUGCUCCGGGAGCUCCAAGUAUCGGUGUAGCCCCAGCAGUCAUCCCCGAUAUGCGCUUUGAGCAAUCCUACCUUGCCAGUAUACGGGGAUUUAUCCAUGAGCUCGAGCCGGCACAAGCUAGGAGGGAGAAGAAGGAGGCAAUUGCUGCUUCGCGGCGGAAGCAUAGAGGAGUAAUAGAAGAAGAAGGAGGGGUUGGCGAGGAGGAAGAGGUUGGGGAAGAAGAGGGAGAAAGGUGGAUUGAGGCUCGCAACCCCAAGGGCGAGCCGGAGCUUUGGAUUGGGCGGUUGAGAAUCGAUUGGGUACCCCUCCUCUACGUGACCUUUCGGGACCAGCUCCUCUCCCCCCUCGUGCAAGGCGCAGUAUGGGGAGUAGUCGGUCUGUGUCUCACACAAGGUAAAGGAGCCCUCAAGGCUUAUCUCUCUGCUCCUCGGGCUCAAAAGCGGCGGGGGAGCGCGAGGGGUGGUGGUUGGUGGGGAUUUCAGGGAGUUACAGGCUUGCAGGAGAGGAGGAGCAGAUCAUACUGAUGAUGAUGAUGAUGAUGAUGUUGCUUGUAGCGCAGGACGUCAGCAAUCAUGCGAAGUGCUGAACGCAGGCCAUUGACCUUCACCAAUGUACUUGUAUCAAUAUCACGACCCAACCAUGUCCUCUACGU